CGAGCUGUGCAGCACACACGCGAGCACAGGCGCGCCGCCGCGGGGUCGGCGAAAUAAAUUAUGUCAAGCAGCGCUCGCUCAGUCGUCCGACGACCGGGACAUCGUGAGGAGCUCUCUCCGCCACGCGCUCGCGCUUUCCAUUCCCUUCCAUAACAUACUGUACACCGUCUGUCCGUCGUGUCGAGCGUUACCUUCGCGAGAACUCGCCGUUAAUUUUUUUAUCCACGAAAAUCAGUAUAUAUACGCGGCUGUGCACUGCCGUGUAUCAUAACAUACACACACUAGAGAGGAGACAGAUAUCGUAGGUGUGCGCGCCGCUCCUGCCGCCUGCGCAGGAAAGUUCGCGAGUGCGUUUGUUUUCCACGUACCUACCGCUCUGUGUGCUGCCUGGUAGCAACCUCAUCACACGCUGCACUGACGACGGUGACAGUACGGCAGUCUGUGCAUCGUCGUGUGAUAAUAACACGACGUCGUCCCGGACACCUGUGCACAUCAGUAGGGGAGGACUCUCCGUAUCCCAGCGACACUGAUCCCCGCGCACAUCGGGGCUAUGAGGCGGCGACGCAACAAAUUCACGGGAAUCUCCUCGGAGCCGUCGUAGAGACCGUCUCACAUAUCUCCUAUCAUCGGUAUAUAGCUGAACUCGUUCGCAUGAGUGGAGAAAGCGUACGAGGCGUUUUGGAAAAAUGAUGACUGCCAUGGCCAGGCUACCCUGCAAGCAGACGACUUUGCCGUCGCAGCAGACGAGAUAUGCACCGGCGCCGCCGAUUACCGUCAAUCCCAGCUUUGCUCAGAGUCGUGGCUACUGGGAAAUGCAGCAGCCGGUACAGACGCAUCCUCAGCCGCCUUUUGUGAGGAAUCAUCAUCGGCAUCACGCUGAUCACGUCGGCAAGCGAAAAAGUGCGGUUGAGCUGCUGCAGGAGUCGAAGGCUUUCUACGUAAAAAGCGAGACGGUGCUGGACCGUAAGCAGGAGCUGAAGAACAGCGGCCACCUGCAGGUGUCCCAGGUGACGGCGCCAGGCGCACCGCCUCGUCUCCUGCGCAAAUGUGCCUCCGGCGGAGGUGUUCCCGGCCAGGGCUGCGGCGCCGUGCACCAACAGCAGCAACAGAACCAGCAGCCACAGCCUUGCUGCUGGGCCACGUGUCACGACAACGAUAGACCUCUGCCGCCCAAAAGUCCUCGUUUGAUCCCAGUUCCCCAGCGACGUUCGGGCUCAUCCUCGACGAACAACAACACGCUCGGCGGUGGUCCCUGCAGUGGCCCGAGCUCGGAUCAGCUGCAAGCGAAGCUUCGCCGGUUACUCAACACCGACAGCAAGGAGAACGUCUUCUUCCCCGAAGUGGCGAACGUACCGGCGCCCGCGGAAUACGCCACACCAGCCCAGCCUGUCCACAUAGACGAUCACGAACAACAGCAGACCACUAGGGAGGACAAGUUCAGAUACUCGCCGGGAGGAAGUCUGUCACCCAGUUGCAGGGAUGACGAUCGCACGUGGGGCGGCGACGCGCGUUUCAAAUUCGGCCGCUCGAACUCCCACUCGCACGGUGUCCGAUCGGGUCGAUCCUCAUCCGGUCGUUCGUCCAGCCACCGGAACCACAGCAACAGAGGCGACUACAAUCAAGUCGACAGAAUGCACUGCGGGGACGGCGGCGGUGGUAGCGGCGCGGGAUCGGCUUCCUCGGCGAUCGAAGCGAUCGGCAGCGUCGUUUGCCAUAAAUCGUUGCCGGAUCUGCACACGAGCACCAGGAGAAGGGCGUCCUUGUCGCCGAGGGCGUCCACCAAGUCGUCCUCGAGGAAACAGCUGAGAGAGGCUGCUGCUGCUGCCGCGGUUGGCAGCUGUCCCGACUGCGAGACCGGCUCGGAUUAUUCGGAUAGGAGCUUCAACAGGGAUUCGGUGCACUACAGAAGAAGUAGCAAAAAACGUUGCAGCUCACGGCACAUAAGGCGCUCGAUGGGCUCGGGCGGCGGCGACGCGAGUAGUGUCCUGUCAUCGGGUGGCAGGACGCAGAAGUCCUCCGGAUCCAGCAAACUCAGCCACGGCGCAACCGCCAGAGACUCGGGUGGAUCGUCCGGACACUGCACCCACAGGAGCGAGCCACCGCCUAGGAUACAGGACUGCUGGAGUCACGUACGCCGCGACAGCGGAGCCUCGACCCAACACUCGACCGAGAGGGACAGGUCGCGGAAGAGCAGCAGCUACAACAACGGCACGCCACCGGCGAUCGUCAGGCACUACAGUCCCGACAGCGAGACUAGCAAUAGUCAAACGGAUUACAGUCCUACGUGUAACUCGAGAUUCUCGGACGGUUGGAAGGAAGGCCGCGGCCGACCGAUCCUGCGCUCGAAAUCCGACAUCAGCGACCGCUACUGGCGUCACGACUCCACUGGAGCUCGUUCGGGACCGAAGAUUCCAGCCCGACCGCCUCGCUCGAUGACCCAACUCGAGUCGUUCUUCGAUAGGCUGGGCCUGGAUCCGGACAACUAUCAGCACAUAACCGAGCCAUCGUCCAAGACAAGUUCACCCGUCUUCUUCGACAGCGUAAGCUCUGUCGAUUCAGCCCUGGGACUAUAUCCUUCGUGGGCUGGCAAUGGUGCUGCAGCCGCGGGUCAGUCCCAGGGUCAGUGGCUUCCCAACAACAACGACGAGUGUCUCGGGUCGAACCAGAGGGCUGGCGACGCGCCUAGCAUCGUCGAGAGAAACGCCAGGAUUAUCAAGUGGCUCUGCCAGUGCAGGAAAGUUCAGUUUGGUUAUAGUUGAGCGCUUGGCUUGAUGCGACAAUUCGAGGAUGCAGGAGAUGGUGAUGAUGGGAGACAUGGAUGAUCGCGCGAUUUUUUCGAGGGUGCGUUUGCGUCGUUUGUGCGUUUGGAGAAUUAUUUAUUGUAAUCGUAAAUGCCUUUGAUCGUUCGUUGCGUAUGGCCAUUGAUGCUGAUAUUAUUUUCUUGAAACGUGAAGUUGUUUAAUCGUAUGAAAUCGUGUUGUGUACCAGUUAUUUUAAAAUGUCUCUUGACGAAAUUCUCUCAUUUUUUUGUGUUGAAAAAAAAAGAUAAUGAUAAAAUUUGUAGACGACUAUAGAAAUUAGUAUAAGAUGGCCACGAUGAACGAUAGAUUUUUUGCCUUGAAUAGUUUACUUUCCGUUUACAAAACUAUGCGUUCUUGAAGUUGUUAUUUUUGAAAAUGCUCGGAUAAAGUUUCGAUUAGUUUAUAUAUAGCUGUAGUAUAUUGAAAUAUUUUAAUAUUGAGGAAAGUAUCAAAGUCAGGAUGGUUUGUUAGUGAUGUAGAAAAGUAUUGGGAGGCGUACAGCAGCUGUAGAUAAUUUAAAUUCUGAAGAACGUUAAUAGUGCUACUUUUUCAAUAUUCUUCAAUAUAGAUUGCUUCUACGAUUGUUCAAUAAUAAAAAAAUCGUUGCGAUUAUUCAUGUCUGGAUUUUCGAAUCGUUAGAUUAAGAAAACUCAAUCUUUGAAUCUGGAUGUACGCAUAAUUACUGUCUGUUCACAAUUCAGUCAAUUUCUAGUGUUUUUCAAUCAUGUAAUAGCGAGAUAAAGCGCUCGUUAAACUGAAAAUUGUUGAAUUUCGUAAAGUCAAAGCUUCACACGGUUAACGCGAGUAAACUCAUUAGUUGUGCAAAUAACUUAUGUUAUAAAACCGAAAAACACGUUUGUUUCAGCAUAAUACUAGAAAUACAUUUUUUAAAUUAAUAACGAUAACUGAUAUUUGUGAAAAAAAGAAGAAUAAGAAAGAAGCGUAAGAAAUAUUUGUGCCAUUUACAUAACGUAAAGUGCAGAGAUUUAUUUUUAUUAUUAACGUCUGGUUAGUCUGGUAGAAUCGUGACCUUCGAACGCAAUUAUAAAUCACGAUACUUUCGUUUAUAUUUUUGGACAUCUUAUAGUAGGUCUUUGUCAUAGUUUGUACAUAUAUAUUUUUUCCAAGUAGAUUAGGUAUAUUUUAAAACCUCGAAUAUUGUGGUUACUUAUCGAUUGACGUGUUGCUUUUUCCCCGUAACUGUAAAUGUGUUUGUUAUUAAUUAUUAUAUAUUACAAUUUAUAUUAUAAAGAAAGUACGUUAGUUUUAUGAGAGAUGUUAAAAGUGAAGGCGUUUAUUCGGACGUGCUGAAAUGAUGAUUAUAAAAGUGUUUAUCGUGUUACAAAGAAAUUUAUAUCGAAGCAAGUAAUUUAUUUGGCUGAAAUGUGAAAGGAGAAUGUAUUUAUAUGUAAUACGUCAACAUUUUUAUCAAAGUUGGAACUUUGUUUUCUUUUUAAUUCUUGCAAUUGAGAAAAAUAAAAAGAAACAUAGUUAUCUUGCUAAAAUAUGUGUUAAUUAUUCAAAUGAUGAUGACGAUAAAAAAGUGUUUUGACAAUGAACUUAAAGGAAAAUGUUGCCUUUACUUGCUGGUCUUCAAAAAACCGCAAUUGUGAAAAAAAAACACUCGUAUAAGGUUAAUUUUUACUACCUAUUAAGAAUAAAAGUAUAGACGCCUGCUUAGAUGUUAUACUCGGUUGUCUAGUGCAAGCUGUGGCUGAAGAAAUUGCAUUACAGUAGAAUCGAUUAGUGCAUUUUGAGGAAUUGAUAUUUAUUAAAUAAAACUUAUUUCACGUAGAACGUAUUUAACUUUGUAAUAGACAUUGCAUAGAAAAAUUUAAGAAAAAAAAUCAAAGACAAUCUAGCGCUUGGUAUAUUUUUUGAGCUAAUGUGACAACGAAUAGUGCGUAUAGUUUUUAAUGUCAUUCUAUUAAAUCUGGCGUAAUCCUUCCUUCAGCCAUCGCUCGUGUGCUGACACCAACUCGUAAAAAUUGUUUCACGCGUAAUUGCGACGAAUGCGCUUCAAGCAAAAUUCAAAUUUCAACAAAAAAAAAAUGCCUCGUUCCCCUUACCAAUUUUAUGCUAUUACUCAGCUUGCAUACAAUCGUAAAAAAAGGAAUAUCCAGUUUUAUAUAUCAAUAUACUCCUAGUUGCAAAUAGGCUAUUCAUUUGCAAUUUUAAAUUCAUAUAAAUUUUCAAUAUUUCACACUAGAUAUUUAAUUUUUACACCGUGAUAUAACCUGCAACAACUUUUUCCCUCAAUAUAGUAUCAACAAAACAUAAUUUUAUACUAUUUUGAAACCUAUACUUAUGGGCAGCAUUAUUUAUUUAGAAAAAUUAUGAAUGCAUGCAAAUCAGAAAUAAAUUUAUUAAUACAGUAAUUUUAAGUGCAAAUGCAUUAGUGAAUAUGAUUCGCAAUUUAAAUGCGUAUGAACAAUAGUUCUUAUUUAAAACACGAAACGAAAUAUCUAGUGUGAUGUGAUCCUUAUUGCGAGUGUUAUUGAUUUUUUAUUAUUGAAUAUUAUGCUCGAUACACAUACAAUUGCGUUAUUCAUUCUCAUUGUGAAAAUUACAAUAAAGCAUCGAUCAUUAAAUAAAAGAAUAUAUUUUUGAAUAUUAUGAAAUACACUAAAAUAUUGCUUAUUUUAACAUAUCACACGAUAAUUUUUAUAUGAGUAAUAUUUUGAAGUUCAAUACAAUUCUGCGAUAAUACCACAAUAAUAACAUACACAAAAUGGUAGUAAAAAAUGAGUAACUCUUUAUUUUCGAUAAGAUUCGACAAUGAACUUUCGUACAAUAUUAAGUUUGUGCAAAUUAAUGUGUACAUAACGCGUACCUAUAUCGCGAAUUUUGUGCAUAAUGAGAAGCAUAUAGCAGCAGAAGGAUGUAGUAUUAAGAAUAUCUAAAAAAUAAUUUACGAUACAAGUAGAUUCCUAGCCAGUAUUUAUGAAACUCCGUAGAUCGAAAAAACAUUGAUACAAUAAUCGCAAUAAGGGAAUGACAUUAUAUCUUUGGUCUGUAUGCACAAAGUUGAAGAAGGACGAUUUCUUAUCUCAAGGAUUCUAUUGUGUUCCGUACAACUCAAAUUAUUUAUACAGUGCAGUUAUUAAAGAAUUAUGACUGUACCAUUUCUAUAAAAAGUCACUUUUAAAAAUUUGUUUGACUUGAAUUCAAAGUAUGAUCAAUGGAUAAAACAUAUAACGACAAAACGCACGGCUAUACAUUUUAUAUAAUUUACUUAUUGUUAUUUAAAACUAAGUAUCAAUAUUUGUUUCAGCAAUCGAACACUGGCAUUUUGUGAUUUACUUGAAAUAUUUUUGACAUUCCGCUGCGUGCAUUUUCCAAGAGUACAUUGAGACUCGCGUACACUGCUUUCAAUUUUAGAAGCAUGCAGAUGCGUGUGUAUGAAGUGAAAUACAAAACUUAUACUCAAAAUUUGCAUUUAGCAUGUUGACCAAAUACUUGUUAGGAAAAUAUAUUACGUAAUGUAUUUUUGACGUAAAUAUGUAACUUGAAGUUCUCGCAUGAUAACUCACCCUGAAGAAUACUGCUGCUUUUCACACUUAUCCCUCGUUUUACAAAUGAUUCUAUUUUAAUAAGUAAUAUGUCUGAAAAUUUGAAAAGUGAGUAAUUAUUUUUGAGUAUAUGAAAAUAUAUUCUUCAGUGGGGCAACAAAUCUAAAUCAAACUUUGGAAAACGAAUUUCUGUGGUUAUCUUACAAUAUGAAACAAUAUGUAUUGUACAAAAAAGUUCAAAAUGUAUUUAUACAAAAGCGUCAUAAAAUUGUAACAAUGAUAAAACAUAGACUGUCUUUUUAUCACAAUAAUUACAUUUAAAAAAUUAAUAAAAUAGACAGAAAAUGUAGUCAAUCUAGACUUACCGUCGCGCAGUAAUAUAAAUUAGUAGUUGCUAUUUUAAAACAACAACAAAAUUAAUGUUUUAUCUUGUUGCGAUUUUUUCUGAAUACACUUACACGGAUGUCAUCCAUUCAUUUAUGAAAUAGCCUGUCGUUUAACGACACUUUUUACAUUAGAAUGUUUGAACCUUUGUCUUUCUAAAUAAAAAAAUAAUUCAAAUAUUGUUAUGAAAUCCAGCAAAAAAUGGAUUGUGUAUUGUAUACACGGAAUCGCGCAUAUAAUAAUUAAUAUGUAUGCGAAAUGAUAUUCAUAUUGACAAAAAUAUCUUUGUGCAACUGUGCAUUCAUAUACCAAACAUUUCCUUCUGGAAAUCGCUUCUUUUUUGUGGAUAACUAGAGUUUACGACAAUUUGGAUAAAAUCGUUUUGCACAAGGUAUUUUUAAGUACACUGCAGCGACGAAUCAAGGAAAUUGCAGGCGGAAUAAUGGAAGAAAUAAGUUGAGCAUGAACAUAUUUUUUUUAUGAGAAACAGAACUCUGCGAGCAAAUGCUCCAAGUCUGCAAUUAAAUGCACCUGUGCAACAACACAAAGUCUACUCUAUACUUAGAUAUUUCUAUCUGCUAUAUUUGUGAUCUGUAAUUAAAAAAAAAUAUUGUUACAAACUUAUCAAACUUUCAUUGCUUUUUUUUAUAAUCUAGUCACGUAGAGAACGAAAAAAAACACUAUGUUAAACAUCUUAAAUAAUAUUAUUAUAUUUCUUCUGUAAACCAUCGAACCAAUGUAUAUUGUAUAAUCAUUUAAUGAAAAAUCCUUGAAUACAAGUGCAAUAAAUACAAGUUACUAAAAA